GCUCCGCGUCCCGGGCCGCACCGUCGCAGGUCGCCGGAGCUCGACGAUCACCGGGGCCGAGGCUGCUGCAUCCUCUGGUUUCCAUGGUAACACUUGACUCAACUAAAGUGGGCGCAAGAGGUCCCUUUCAGCAAGGAGGCACCAAGGAAAUUACCUUCACCAGGACGGCCACCUCUACCCCCUAUUUUUGGACCUCCUACUCCCACCUGCCUGGCGCCAACUGAGGUGAUUUUUGGAGAGGAAAGGCUCUGUCAUGCCUAGUCGCUGCAUGUACGGAGUUAACUGAAGGAUUCAUUGUGACAAAAAGAAAACCAGUCUCACUGGGCUGGGUGGGUUUAUAAAUGGCCAUUUUGGCUCCCUCAGCGCGGGCCUGUUGAGAAGAGAGUUAUCUAUUAUUUGAGGCCUUGACCCAGACGUGAAAUGAGUCAGAGUAGCAGUUCCCACUUGGCCGAUUCACCUCAGCUCUCCAAGAGCAGCCUCCUCAAUAUCCUGGGCAGCCCGCAGCCAGAGAGGAUGAGCCUAUCUGACUCCAUGCCCCCCACCCCAAAGAGCAGCACCCCUUCCCCUGGGCCGCCGCAGCUCCCCUUGCUGAACGCCGGUUGCCUUGACGGUGACUGGGAGGGCCGGGAGGAGCUGCAGCUGCGCGAGCUGGAGGAGGCCCGGGCCCGGGCGGCCCAGAUGGAGAAGACGAUGCGCUGGUGGUCUGACUGCACCGCCAACUGGCGGGAGAAAUGGAGCAAGGUGCGCGCCGAGCGCAACAAGGCCCGGGAGGAAGUGCGCCAGCUGCGCCAGAAGCUCGAGACCCUGACCAAGGAGCUGACCAGCCUGAAGCGGGAAAGGCAGGAGGUGCUGAAUGAGAACGAGCACUUGGGCAAAGAGGUGGCGCGGCUGAAAGAAGAGGGCGGGGGAGAGAAGGAGAAGGAGCUCGACAACCGCAUUGCCUCUGAGAAGGAGAGCGAGGCCUCCCCGGAGCAGGAGCCUGUGCGAGAUGUAGGCUCUGAGAAGCUGCCAAAAAACAAGUCACUGCAGGAGUUUGAGCUGAUGGAGAACCUCCUGAAGAGCAAGCAAGAAGGGCCCGAGUGUUGGGACCAACGGAGUUUGGUCAGCGUGCGCUCGUCUCUCACCCGCCAGGAGAGGAACCGGUUGCUAUGGGAGGACGUCUCCGUCAUCGAGGAAGAUGCCACCAAGAUUACUGCCCUGAAGCUGCGGCUGGACGAAUCUCAAAAAGUGCUGCUCAAGGAGCGGGAGGACAAGCUGUCCCUCAGCAAGAACAUCGAGAAGCUGGAAGGGGAGCUGAGCCAAUGGAAGAUCAAGUACGAGGAGCUCAACAAGAACAAGCAGGAAGUGCUGAAGCAGCUGAACAUUCUCAAGGAGAUCCACCAGGACGAGUUGGGACGCAUCUCUGAGGAUCUGGAAGAUGAACUGGGGGCUCGGUCGAGCAUGGACAAGAAGUUGGCCGAGUUGCGUUCGGAGAUGGAGCGGCUCCAGGCCGAGAACGCAGCGGAAUGGGGGAAGCGUGAGCGCCUGGAGACGGAGAAGCUGAACCUUGAGCGGGACAACAAGAAGCUGCGAGCCCAGAUUGAGGACCUGGAGGAAGUGUUGGCCCGGAAGAGGAGGCAGACGGCCAGCACCCUCGACACCGAUUUCAGGACCAUCCAAGCUGAGCUGUUUGAGAAGAACAAGGAACUGGCCGACCUGAAGCACCUGCACACCAAGCUGAAGAAACAGUACCAGGAGAAGAUGGCCGAACUAGCCCACGCGAACCGGCGGGUGGAGCAGCACGAGGGCGAGGUGAAGAAGUUGCGCCUGCGUGUCGAGGAGCUCAAGAAGGAGCUGGCCCAAGCUGAGGAUGAGCUUGAUGAGGCUCAUAACCAGGCACGGAAAUUGCAGAGGUCGCUUGAUGAGCAGACAGAGCAAAGCGAGAAUCUCCAAGUUCAACUGGAGCACCUGCAGUCCAGGCUGAGACGUCAGCAGAACAUCCCCCUUUUUGGGAAUCUCCGCGGCUCGCGCUUUGGCCCUGAUGACCCUGGAGACGGCACCAGCGAUCUCGACGAAGACGAAGACUUGCAAAUCCAAGUUCCUUAGCAGCUGCCACCUGAGAGCGAUACUUCAGGCUGUGUUUGAGAGACCAAAUGGUUGUGGAGCUGAACGUAGCACAAAGUUACUCAUGUGCAGCAGUGACAUUUGACCUCUCUCUUUUUUUGCCAAAACCAAGGAGGACAAACGCAGAGCAGUGAGAGAGGCUGAGAAACUGUGGCGGGGACAGAGGGAUCUAGACCUUUGUAUGCUGGUCUCCUCAAUAAGAAGAUUUACUGACUAGGAUGGGAACUGAGGAGGGCCCCUGAAAAGGUUGCUAAACAUUAUAUAAUAUCCUCUUUGUCUUCCCUGUCCUAAUCUCAAUCCAUAAGACAUCGCUGAGGCUUUAAAGAGGUGGGGGGACAGAGCACAAGCCUCACAUACUCCAGAGUAAUGGGAACCAUCGUACUUCAUUUAGAGUCACACCUUCACAGGUAAUCCCUAUCCAGCUCGCAUUUUGCCGUGGCUGAUAGGCUCACGGCCUCUCUAGAGGUGAACCAGAAUACCUCUGAUCCUCAUGCAUAUAGAUCCAAGCACAUGAAGAUGAUCCCUCACGAUAUGGAGGGAGGGGGGAAUCGAAAGUGCUGGAGGAAGAGGAGAGGAAUCUCUUUUGCCAUCUCUCAAGGCACAGACACACACACACACACACUUUGGCACUUCCCUUUAUCAACGCUCCACCAAACAGGCACGUCCGGAAUGGUUCAUCUCCAUGUCCCAUGCGUGGAAUCGGUACUUGCAUAAAAUGCCUGGCGGGAAGGCAAUGGAACAUCUGGAAGACCGCCAUCUUUGGAAGUACCCCGUCGCCUCUGCCUACCCAUUAUAUAUGUGUAUGUAUGUGCAUUUGUACAUGUUUUGUAUUAUAAAUAUUGAACUAGCCGUGGAAUCCAGUGAUGGUUCACUGCAGCUGUUUCUCCCACUCCUGUGCCAAAUGGCUGAGAGACUGAGCAACUACGAAUCAAAUUCCCGGUUCAAAUCUCAUCAUACCCUCUGCCACAAACUCAGUAGAGGGCCUUGGGCAAGGUAUUUUCUGCCUGCGCUUUCCACCCACCGAGCUCAAUAUGGGAAUAACUAUAAUGGCCUACCUUUCAGGUUGUAAGGAUUAAAAGAUAGUGGGCUGAUUUGGAUAUAGUGCUAAA